AUGGCCAGUGAACAAAUUUUCGCAUCUGGACCAGGGCCAUACUCUGAUAUUCCACCUAUCGAACAAUUAUUAUCGGUAUCUUCAAGAAGAAACUCGGUUCAUUCUUCAUCCAUUGGUGCAGGUAAUAUUCUGGAUUUAUUUCGUCCAGCAAAUUAUCAUGAUAAUGCUUCAACAAUUAGCGGAUUCCAAAGUGAUCAAGAGGAUGAAAUUGACCCACACGAUGCAAAUCAUCAAGGCCUAUACGGGUCAACACCAGGUGGACUGAGACCAACGAUCUCGACAUUAUCUCAAAAUUUGAGAAAUCCUGCAUUCAACACUGCUCAUGAACAACAAGGAUUAUUAGAGUCAUAUUCAGCUGGGAAUGAUUUUGUUCCUUCAAGACGUGCAUCUUUGGCCACUUUGAAAAGAAUGAGAUCACAUAGUACAAUCAAACAUGUUAUCAGUACUGGGUUUGUUCCUGAAGUUGAUACAACAUUAGGUGAAGAAGGUAAAAUUUUAGCCAAAUAUUCUGUUCCAUUAAUUAUUACAUUUUUAUUACAAUACUCUUUAAAUGUCGCUUCUGUUUUCAGUGUUGGUAGAAUAGGUAGUACAGAAUUGGCUGCUGUUUCAUUAGCUGGUAUGACGGCGAAUAUAACAGGGUAUUGUCUAUUCCAAGGUACAUCAACUUCAUUGGAUACUUUAUGUGCCCAAGCAUUCGGUCGUAAAGAUUAUAGAUCAGUUGGUUUACACUUUUUAAGAUGUACCAUAUUUUUAUUAUUAUUAUUCAUUCCAGUUGCAGGUGUUUGGAUCUUCUUAUCACAUCCAAUUUUAACAUUACUAGUGGAUGAUCCAUAUUUAGUUGACCUUGCGUCAACAUAUUUAGCCACAUUAGCAUUAGGUUUACCAGGUUUCAUUCUUUUUGAAAAUGGUAAACAUUAUUUGCAAAGUCAAAACAUUUUCCAUGCAUCAACGUAUGUUAUUUUAUUUGCAGCUCCAUUCAAUGCUGUCUUAAAUUAUUUGUUAGUUUGGGAUGAAAGAAUUGGAUUAGGUUUCAUCGGGGCACCAAUUGCUAUUGUUAUUACAAACUAUGUUAUGGCAAUUUUGUUAUUUUUAUACACCUAUUUUGUUGAUGGUUAUCAAUGUUGGUGUGGAUUUACUAAAGAUGGUUUGAAAAACUGGGGUAAAAUGUUAACAUUAUCAUAUAAUGGUUGUAUUGGUGUUAUCAGUGAAUGGUUAGCUUUUGAAUUGAUCACUUUAUCAACUGCUAAAUUUGGUACUGUCUAUUUAGCAUCUCAAUCUGUUAUCGCUACCAUUUGUGUCUUAUUGUACCAAGUUCCAUUUGCUAUCAGUAUUGCAGCUUCAACUAGAAUCGCCAAUUUUAUUGGUGCAGCAUCAAAAAAAUCAUCAGUCACAGCAUCUAAUGCUGCAAUCAUUGCAUCAAUCAUCGUUGGUUCUUUCACUGGUGCUUUACUAACAACUUUCAGAUCUCAAGUUGUUCAAUUGUUCACAAGUGAUGCAGAAGUUAUUGAAUUAUCAUCCAAAAUUAUUCCAUUAGCUGCUGCAUAUCAAAUCAAUGAUAGUUUAGCAGCUGUUACAGGUGGUAUUUUAAGAGGUCAAGGUCGUCAAAAACUAGCAGCUUAUCUUUCAUUAGUUGCAUAUUAUUUGAUUGCCUUACCAAUUGGGUUCACUUUAGCUUUUGUCGCAGGGCUAAGAUUAUUUGGUUUAUGGUGUGGUAUGUGUAUUGCGUUGUUGGUUGCAUCACUAUUACAAACAUACACAGUUGUCAAUUCAGAUUGGGACGAUAUUAUCGAAGAAAGUAUUAAGGAAGCUUUAGCUGAAGUUAAUUAUGCUAAUAAUGAUGCCAAUGAAGUCAGAUCAAUCAUUUCCCACAGUAUUCAUGAUAUUCAAGAAGAAGUUUAA